GAAAGAAAAAGGCUAGCCUUAAAGUUACAAUUGAAUUGAUAUCAUUUCGUAACUUUAUCGAUUGUAAACAACAAACAGUAAAUAUUUUAUAACCAUCUCGUACUCGGAGUUUCUUAUCUCCCUUAGGUGCGGCGCCACGUACGUAAAGAUAAGUGUGAUUGUACUCAUCGGAUGGCCAAAUCCGAUUGAUUGCAACAUUUCCACGGCCAAUUGCGUUGGAGUGGCGGAAUACGCCAAUACGCCCAGCCCCGCGAAAACAGAACCAUCGUCAUUACUCUCGACGCUUGUCAUGAAGUCGACUGAGUCUAACCUCAGUCGCCAUGGAUAAGAUGGCAAGCGAGACUACACCAUUAAUCACCACCGUUACCGUCGGUACGGUACCUCGAAGAUACCCUCAUCAGACAUUACGCCGAUUCUGCACUAUCGCAUUGGGCUCAUCUCUUAUCGCUCUUUUCAUCACAUUCCUCGUUAGCGUCGUCUUCGCUCCCUCGCAUAACACACAUCACGAUUGGCCCGGACACGAUAGGAACCGUGUAACAUAUGAUGAGCUGAAAGAAAUCCUAUUAAACACUCCUAGUUCGUCUAGAGCCGCUGAAUGGAGUAAAUAUUACACAUCCGGUCCGCAUCUAGCCGGCAAGAACUUAUCGCAGGCGGAAUGGACGCGCGACCGUUGGAAUGAAUGGGGUAUCAAAUCAGAAGUUGUAGCGUAUGACACAUACAUAAACUAUCCAGUUGACCACCGUCUUGCUCUUCUAAAGAAGCCUAAAUCGGAUGCCUCAACAUGGCGAGUCGCCUUCGAAGCUACCCUCGAAGAAGAGGCUCUCGAUGAAGACCCCACGACAAAACUAGAGGAAAGUAUCCCGACUUUCCACGGCUACUCUGCAAGUGGCAAUGUCACCGGCUCAUUUGUUUACGUGAACUAUGGCACCUACUGGGAUUUUGAGGACCUAGUCAAGUCGAAUGUGAGUCUCGAGGGGAAGAUCGCUAUCGCUCGCUAUGGUGGCAUUUUCCGCGGGUUGAAGGUCAAGCGCGCUCAAGAGCUAGGCAUGAUAGGCGUUGUCCUUUUCACCGACCCGGGCGAUGAUGGCAAAAUCACGGAAGCAAAUGGGUAUGACACAUAUCCGAACGGUCCGGCCCGGCACCCCAGCAGCGUUCAGCGAGGGUCGGUCCAAUUCUUAAGCGUCGCACCAGGCGAUCCCACAACACCCGGUUACCCUUCCAAGCCAGGUGUGCCGCGAGCGCCGGUUGACGGUGCUAUUCCGAGUAUUCCAUCUUUACCUAUCUCCUACGUGGAGGCCUUACCGAUAUUGAAGGCUUUGAAUGGAUAUGGGCCGCAAGCUAAAGAUUUUGGCGAAUAUUGGACUAAGAAUACUGGUCUUGGUCACAAGGGAGUGGAAUACAGCAUCGGACCAUCACCGGAUACUGUCGUGCUUAACCUGUAUAACGAACAGGAGUACACCAUUACGCCUAUGUGGGACGUUAUUGGGAUCAUUAAUGGCACUAUCCCCGACGAAGUCAUUGUAGUCGGCAACCACCGUGAUGCAUGGAUUGCAGGCGGUGCCGGUGACCCCAACAGUGGCUCUGCAGUUCUGAAUGAAGUUAUUCGUAGUUUUGGUCAAGCCUUAGAUCAAGGGUGGAAGCCUCUUAGAACCAUUGUCUUCGCCAGCUGGGAUGGUGAGGAAUAUGGUUUGGUCGGAAGCACCGAGUGGGUCGAGGAAUAUCUACCAUGGCUAUCUGCAGCCAACGUCGCAUACAUUAACGUCGACGUUGGUGUUCGCAGUCCGACUUUUGCCGCUUCGGCCGCUCCCCUACUACAUAAAGUUCUAUACGACGUGACCGCUCAGGUACAGUCACCUAACCAGACCAUCAAAGGACAGACAGUGCGCGACCUUUGGGACGGGCAUAUCAGCACAAUGGGUAGUGGUAGUGAUUUCACAGCUUUCCAAGAUUUCGCCGGCAUUCCUAGUCUCGAUUUCGGUUUCGGCGGCCAAACCGAUGAUUCACCUAUCUACCAAUACCACAGUAAUUACGACAGUUACCAUUGGAUGUCCGAGUUCGGCGAUCCGGGAUUCGUGUAUCACAGGACAAUGGCCCAGGUCCUCGGUCUAACUACCGCGAAGCUAGCCGAGACACCAGUCAUCUCCCUGAAUGCGACCGAUUACGCCGAUGCGCUAAAGGAUUAUGUCAAGAAGGUGGAGGCGAAGUUAGAAUCUACUGAUGUUUUCCAGACUGGAACCCGUCUCGUCGGUACUAAAGUUACAGGCGAUCCGAAGCUCUUUGGCACAUCCUUAGCCCGCCUCUACGACUCCGUCGCCAGGCUGAGGACUGCGGCUGUCAGUCUCGACGCUAAGGCCGAAAAACUUGUAGAGAAGGCAAAUGAGCAUAUUCCCUGGUGGAAAUGGAUCAGCAAACUGAAGCUACUACACGAGAUUCGCUUCGUCAAUUCCAAGUAUAAGACCAUUGAGCGCGCGUUUCUUUACCAGAAGGGAUUGGACGGCCGACCUUGGUUUAAGCACGUCGUUUUCGCGCCGGGUAUCUGGACUGGGUACGCGGGCGCUGUAUUCCCUGGGCUCGUCGAAAGUAUUGAUAACAAUGAUUUCGAUAAUGCGUUGAAGUGGGUAGAUAUCAUUGAUCAUUGCAUUGAGGCUGCGACUAAGACGAUCGAGUGAUCCCCCGCAUUUUGGAAUUAACGUCGUUCUCGGUUUUGGAUUCGAAAUGCUUUCAGCGCAUUGAUCGCAAGCGAGUUUAUACAGGUUAUUACGAAACAGGAUAUCAUUUAUCGGCACGAAUUGGCUCUAUGUUGCGCCCCCUAUUUACACAGCCGCCUAUUAAUUACCUAUUAUAGUUGAGAUAUGCUCUCUUUUGAAAAGGGGAAAUAGGAUUACUAUACAUUCCGACAGUUGAAUACAUUAAGGAUUAGACGGAUUUUGCAGAUCUAACAAUGAUUCUGAAUAACAGACGUAGCGAAUUACUCGAAAUAGGAGAUGUACGUAUCUGUGGCAUUGUGAUUCAGAUAGAAGAAGCAAGUAAUAUUCCAAGGUUUCUUUGUAUGUUACUAUUAGGGAUGAAUUAUACCCAAUCAAUCUCCGAGCAAUCCGUUACAUGAAAGAACGG